UCUGGCCCCACCCCCGUCACAUUUCAGUUACUGAUACCCACGGAAGUUGGGCGCUCGGUCCGUCGGUGGGGGCUGUCGUUUUCUGACGUGGAAAAAAACGGCCACAUUUGGUCGCCCUCCUUCGGCAAAAUUCGAUUAGUUUGGUGCAUCGGCGGAAGAGCGCUUGAAGCAAGAUGCGGGAGUGUGGCAUGCUGGAGAUGCACCGAGUCGCUCUGCGGAGUGCUUCUUUGUGCAAGCAGCUGGUCGUUGAUGAGCUACUCAUUCAGUUUCUGCUGGAGGACAACAUCCUCACCGAAAGCAUGGCUGAGGGCAUCCUGGCCGAGCAAACGUCCCAGAAGCGAAGCUGGCGUCUGCUGCUGCUCCUGCCCAAGCGAGGCCCGCGAGCCUUCGGCAGCUUCUGCUCGGCACUGAGAGAAACCGAGCAGCGCCACCUGUGCGAGCUGCUCGCGCUGUCGCAAGAGAAGGAUGGCAAAGAGACACAACCCGAGGAGGAGUGCGAAAGACGGGCGGGACGGCAGCUCAUUCAGACAUCGGAGAGGAGGAGAGAGAGAUACGGCGACUCCUCUCUUCCACUCUCCACCCAGGAGGAAACCGAAGCCAAACGCGCGAGGACGCACGAGUGCAUGGAGUACAGCCUGGAUGCAGACAGCCCCAUCGCCGCUCCCGUGCUCCCAUGCACGCAUGACCUCUACCUCUCGCAAUGCCUCAAGUCCUACGUAAUGACCUCAUCCCCGCGCGGUUUAGCGCUGGUGAUCAGCAACGUGACGUUUGACCCGCUCACCACGGUCGACCUUUACCCCAGGAAGGGGGGCGAGGUGGACGAAGACGUACUCCGCAAGCUUUUCACAGAUCUGGACUAUGCGGUGACGGUCCGCAGAGAUCUGACGGCCGAGGAAAUGAGAAGCUGCAUCGAGACCUUCAGCAGGCGCCCGGAGCACCGCGCGGUGCACAGCUGCGUGGUUUGCCUGCUCUCCCACGGCGUGGAAGGAGCCGUGUACGGCACCGACAAACAGCUCCUGCAGCUUCAGUGGGUGUUUGAGGCCUUCGACAACGUCCGCUGCCCGCUGCUACAGAACAAACCAAAGAUGUUUCUCAUCCAAGCCUGCAGAGGAGAGGAGCUGGACAGCGGAGUGGAGCAGGCGGAUGGGCCAGGAAGGACGGGCUCCCCCAGCCGCGAAGAGCGCGAUGCCGGGCGAGGGGGCCCCCCGGCCGCCGGACAGGGAGGGGACCUCGGACUGCCCCGGAUUAAACUGCCCCAGCGCUCUGACAUGAUAUGCGGCUUUGCCUCUCUCAAAGGUCAGAGCAUUUGCACGGCGGCCAUGCGCAACACCAAGCGAGGAUCCUGGUUCAUCCAGGAGCUCAACUCUGCCCUGCGCCUCCACGCCAGAGACACCCACGUGGCGGACAUCCUGGUGCAGGUCAACGGGCGGAUCAAAGAGCGCGAGGGUUACGCCCCCGGCACGCCCUACCAUCGCUGCAAAGAGAUGUCCGAGUUCACCAGCUCGCUGUGCAAAGACCUCUACCUUUUCCCUAAAUACCAGCCCCACGCUUCAUAAUGCACUUCCACACACACACACACACACACACACACACACACACACACACACACACACACACACACACACACACACGUCAUUCCCACCAGUGUGCUCACACGUCCCCUCAUUCCAAGCGUAUUACUGCCACACACUUUUGCAUUCCAGUGUUACAGGCUGACACACACACACACACACACACACGAGGUGGCAUCCAAACAUUUAUUCAUUCACAUUUUUUAUAUUGACACUGCCUCAGCAAAAUUCCAAACAUGCUCAGCGAUGUCGGAGAGCUUACGCGAAUCGACACGUUCGACAUCUCACCGCGUAGAAAAAUUGAAGCCAUGCGUCGGGGGGGGGGGGGGCGUUAAUCCCCUUGCUUGGCUAUAAUGAUGAAUAAUUUUCUACACAGAUCUAUUUUGGUUUGGAAAAAUGUAUUUUUGUAAAUUAACGCCAGCGUUUUAAUGUGUUUGUUCAGCUUCACCGUCAGUUGUCAUGUUGCAGUCCACAUUCGUGAGAGGUAGAGGGCAGCAUUGAGCAAUGAGGUUAGUGCAGAAGUGUCGUGUCCCCCCCCUUCACCUCCACACCAAAUGGGAAGCGCUCCAACAUUGCAGAACGUUUCCUACUGUCAUGACGGUGUCACCUUUUAUCCAGCCGAAUCCCUCUGACAUGAUUUUACUUCUGAGACGAUGUUUGUGUUGUAAAUAUUUCCUUUUAAACUGUAAACGUCAGGGGGAACGCGCGGUGCUACUCCUCGGGCCUUCAUGCCCAACAGUGUGAACUUUGAACUUUACGCUUUUUUAAACGCCAAAUCGCGCUUCUCUAUUAGCAUUUAUAUUUUCUGUUAUCGAUGUGAUAUUGUGACAAAUGUACAUCUCACGUCUUCAGGAGAGUUUAAAGAAAUGUGCAGUUUAUUGGAUAAACGAUGGGUUGUUUUCACAGUACCUUGAAUACUGCAUUACCCCCCCUCCCACACCCCUGACUCGAACACUCAGCAUUCGUCAAUGCUGGGGGUGUACAUUGAACAUUUCCCAGAAAAGCCACAAAGAGGCAACAUGUUUUUGGUUACAGUGUUGUGGCGAACGAUGCUACAAACCAGUAUUGAGUUGUGACCACAGAGGCUCUUCAAAGCGCUGCUUUCAUGUCUUCUUCUUGAGUAUUGGUUUUAACGAUAGGAAAAGAGAAUGGUGAAGGGGUCACCGCACAGCAAGAGGAUGUGAUUUGCUGCCAAACUCUUGUGCGGGGACGGGAGGGGGCGGGGGGGGGGGGGAUUUAUUUCUGUCAUCACAGAUGACUGCCAAGUCUUCUGGACAAUAAACAAGCUAAUGUACAUCAA